AUGAUUCUUCAUUUGUCGCAGGUUCAGAAUUGUGGGUCUCCAAGUGCGCUAAUUUACACUUACACCUGGAGUCUAGGUCAUAAGGAGAUAUGGGAGAGACGCAUAUUACCGGACAUGCAGAAGGCAAUUAUCAACUCAAUGCAGUGCUCUCAGGUCGCGAUUGAUGUUCGAAGGAGUUGCUUUGAGCUUUACGGUGCUGACUUUAUGAUUAGUGGGGACGAUUUGCGGCCAUGGUUGAUUGAGAUCAACGCUAGUCCCUGCAUGGCUCCUAGCACCUCUGUGACCAAUGAUCUUACUGCAAGAGUCCUUGAAGAUACUCUAAAAGUCAUAAUAGACAAACGAACAAAUAGAAACUGCGAUGUUGGUGAAUUUGUCCUACUAUGCAAGCAGAAACCUAAUGCAUUAGGGAGUUGCCAACGUCAUGAUAACACCAAAUCCUUCUCCACGGAGUAUCCCCAAGAACAACCUUCACUCAAACCGAUUGCAAAUGGUGUCGAGAAGUCUUCAAGAGGUCUUAACUCACAUUCCAGUAGAGAUUUAAAUGAAAAACCUAGAUUUGGUGCCUACAGUGAAGGGAAAACCCCUUCUGCUGAUCGACAAACCAUUCAAGUUCAGACUACUAAUAAACUUAAUGGAAUUGGAUCCACAUUGUUUCACCGUGGGUCUUCUGUAAAGCGUGCUUCUUCACCUAUGGUUUUGAGAGCUUCGACGGUUACAUUUGACGCAAAUUCUCAAUGCAAUGAAAAAGAUACGACUCAUCAACGAAACGGGGUAAUGCCAACUCCUAAAUCAAAUAGUAAACGAUUGUUUGCUGACAGAUUUCGUCGGGCGGCAACAACAGCAACAAGUGGCGAUUCGUCUUAA